CUCUCCCCGUUCCCCUGCCGGCCUGCCCCAGGCCCCCAGCUAAACCGCCGCCGAGACGCGGCAUUCCCGUCCCUUUCCCGCCGCCACUACCUUCGCCUUCGCGCCACGGCCGAUUCUCCCAUGGCGCAGGCCUCGUCCUUGGUGGCGGUGCUGCGCCGCCGCACCCCCGCCGCUGCCCGCCUGCUUCCUCACCGGCUCGUCUCCUCCGCUCCCGCUCCGGCGUUCGCCUCGUCCUCAUUGGUCCCGCUCCCCUUGCCAAGCCUGAUCGAGGGAGACAGAUGCGGCGGCGGCCUCUCCGCUUCGUUCGGCUCCCACUCACGCCUCCGGCUUCCUCGGCGACACCAUGCGGUUGCUAUGGCUACCAGGACAGCGCACCAAGUUGCUUCGAGCCCCGAGAGCCCAGCGGCGGUGACGUCGUUGUCGUCAAGUGAGGCUAGCACUAGCACUGCUGCUUCAGAGCACUCUGAGUUGGUCGAUUUUAUCAAGUCAGCGUUUGGGAAGCUUGAAGGUCAAAAUCAUUGUUGGUUCAACAUCAUGAAUGACACUUGGAUGAACUUGAACCAUGAAGGAAUAUAUCUUCUUCUUUUGUAUCAAUCUUGUGGAACAUUGAACAACGACGGCAAACAUCUAAUUGCUUUUGAGAGCUUGAAACAUCUGCAACAGAGGUAUCCACGCCUGAAUGUUUUUGCUUUGCAACAUGGGAGUGAUGUUAGUUCUUUAGCUUCUCAAAGCCAAGCUUUCCGCACAAUAGUGAAGGAGUACAUCACAUUUCCUAUCUUGAUCUCAGACAAAAACUUCUCCAAUAUGACAAAUGGUGCUUGCUACUUGCUAUUUGAAGGUUCUAAGGACCCUGUACUAUUCACAAACUGGGUUGAGGAGCCUGAUGUCAUGAUUAAGGCCAUAGAUGAACUUACCACGUCUAAAGAAAAACCUUCUGAAAAUGUUCUGUCAAGAGUUUCUUGGCAGAAAGAAGAGGUUGUCAAAGAGCCAUCUGUUGGUUCCUUCAGAAACUUGUUACUUUACCACCCAGCAUGUGUAUCAGUUGAUGAAGAUGGGGAUCGCAUUUUUAUCUCUGACAGUAACCAUCAUAGGAUCAUCAUUAGCAACAGCAAUGGGAUGAUUUUAGAUUAUAUUGGAUCUUCCCCAGGCUAUGAGGAUGGAGAGUUUGAGUCAGCCAAAUUCUUGCGCCCAGCUUCAUCAUUUUAUCACGCUGCUGAAGACUGUCUAUUUAUUGUAGAUUCAGAGAAUCAUGCAGUCAGAAAAGCAGAUUUGGGAAGAAGGACUUUACAAACAGUUUAUCCAGUCUUCAAUAAAAGCAAUGGCAUCUGGAGCUGGAUUACCGAUAAGCUUGGUAUGAGAAAAGAAGCUACUCCAACUAUUCAAGAUUUUCAUGCAGACUCCAUGGCACUUCCAUGGCAUUUGAUACAAAUUUCAGAGGACACCUUAUUAGUCGCAGACCGCAGCUUUGAAACUCCGUGGACCCUGACAAUAUCAACUGGCGAAAAGCAGGAUAUUGGAAGAGGCAGAGCUGAAAUAAUGGAGUCAUAUCAGAAAACUGUAAAAGAAAGGUGUGCUCUUAUUAAGGAUAUGCACAUGAAUUGGUCAUCAAGUGCUAGAGUGCUUUCUGAUUCAGUGCAGAAGAUUCCCAACAAUGAGCUUAUAUCAUCUAUAGCAAGAUUUCAGAAUUACAUUGUCUUCUGUGAUACAGAUGGUCAAAGGGUUCUGAAGCACGACUUGGAUACCAAGACCACCUCAACCAUUCAAUUUUCUGACUGUGAGGUACUUGGGUUGCCAUAUUGGUCUGUUUGCAAUCUCGAGAGAGUGUCAACCUGGGGGUAUUCAUCUGGACAGUUACAGGAGCAUGCGCAGCAAGUAGACGUGCUUCCUGGAAGAUGCAACAUCACCGUCUACGUGGACAUUCCGGUUGGCACUGAACUUGCCGCGCCUUUGGUGGAUAAUUGCAUCUGGCGCCAAGUAAGGGGAUCUGGCGCUGAGGUCUCUGGUUCUGAUGGGCCAGACACGGCCACAGAGAAGGUCGGCAUCGCGCAGCAGUGGUAUGACGAGCUGGACAACCUGGCCUUCUCUGAGGUGGCGGAGGAGCCUACUGCCGCUGCGCAUGGAGACGGCAACACUGACGAUCAAAGUUACCAGGAGCAGAGAAGAGUGCAAUUCACCUGCACAGUGAACGUCAGCCCUGGGACGUGUGAGCUGGUGGCCUCUGUCGCGCUGUAUCUGAGGCUGGCUGGAAAGAGAACGACGACCGACGGCGUGGAGCUCGUCAAGCGGGUGAUGGGCGGGUGCCAGUUCCGCGAGGAGCAGGCCGGCGUGGAGCUGCUGGCGCGGUGCCGCGAGGACGACGACGCGACGGGCCUGGUGGUGGUGAAGCCGGUGCACCUGCGGCUGCGGCUGGUGUGCGGCGACCACCCGGCCGGCGCCACCAACAAGGAGACCAUCAGCACCGAGUCCAGCCUCAAGAUCAAUGUCACCUUGGACUAGCUAGUGGUUCUGAAUUCUGAUUUUGGAUUUUGAUCCGUGUCUAUUUUUAUUCUUUGGAACCUGUCUAUUUUUAUUCUUUGGAUUUUGAUCCGGGCUGGCGAUGGGAACGUGUCAGUACGUGUAUGCGACUAUGCGAUGGUAAGGAACAAGCUGACUGACACCAUCUCAUGUACUGGAGCAAUAUAGUUGACCUAGUUGUGCCGAGAACUU